UUAUGUGGGUUUAGUGUUUCGCCGGUAGCCGAAUAGCUCGUUCUAUUUGGCGAUUUUAUGAACCAUUUAUUCGAGAAGCUGUCCAACUUGACGACCAACUAAAGCGAUGGAGCUGUCUCCUGUCUGCACUGAGGGCAUCAGCAUGGACGGAGCUAUCAUGAAAUCUGACCGGAGUCACAGGAAAAGCAAAAUGUCAAGGGAUGUGGAGAUGGAUAUCGAGUUCCUCUACAAAGCAAUUCCUCAGCUGGCCAAGGUUUUCCGCAUCAUAGACAAGAUUGGAGAAGGUACAUUCAGCUCGGUGUACCUGGGUGAGGCGCAGAUGAGAGACGGGAGGAAGGAGAUGUUCGCCCUGAAACACCUCAUCCCAACCAGCCAUCCGACGCGCAUCGCUGCAGAGCUUCAGUGUCUCACUGUUGCAGGAGGCACAGAGAAUGUGAUUGGGGUGACGUACUGCUUCAGGAAGGAGGACCAUGUCGUGAUUGUAAUGCCUUACAUGGAGCAUCAAGCCAUUGUGGACAUCAUUGGGUCGCUGAGCUUUGAGGAGGUCCGUCUGUACAUCUUCCACCUGUUAAAGGCCCUGAAACACAUCCACCAGUUUGGCAUCAUUCAUCGGGACAUAAAACCAAAUAACUUCCUCUACAACAGGAACAGCAAAAUGUUUGCUCUGGUGGACUUCGGCCUGGCUCAGGGUACAGCUUACACCCACAUCGAGCUGCUGAAGGUGGUGAGGCAGAGGCCGUCACAGAAAGGUGGAGGGUCCACGGGGAAACAAGAAGCCACACAGCGGAGCAGAGCACCUCCUAAACUCCCUCACAAAACCACCGCCGCUACAGCUUCAACCCCACUGCCUCCACCUGCGAGGCAAUCAGUGACCGUGCUACCUUCCUCCUCCUCUUCUUCAUCCACAUCAGCCUCUCGAAAAGCACUGGUUAAAAAGUCACGCUCUCUCUCCACCACCGUCGCCACCACCACCACCACCACCACCUCUCGCACAAAGCACACAAAGGAUCUGACGGGACUACGCAGAGUGGUGCGGCCGGUGUUUGGAGAGCGGAACCUGAACAGCUGCACACCGGCUCCCUCCACCACCAAACAAGCUGCCGUUAAAACAGAACUGGUGAAGCCGAGCAAACCAGAGGAUCCAGCGAGCCGACGGUAUGCAGCAGCCUCCAGGUGCCCGCUGCCGGUCAGGACUCAGAGCAGCAGUCAGAAACCUCAGAGGACGGUGCAGCAGGGCCUCACCUGUAACUGCUACCUCACUGACCGUGUCUGCAACGUCUGCAUGUCCAGGAAGCAGCAGGUGGCACCCAGAGCUGGAACUCCAGGCUUCAGAGCACCAGAAGUCCUCACCAAGUGUCCCAACCAGGGAACAGCCAUAGACGUGUGGUCAGCCGGUGUGAUCCUGCUGUCACUGCUCAGUGGCCGUUAUCCGUUCUUUAAAGCCAGCGACGAUCUGAUAGCGCUCACGCAGAUCAUGACCAUACGAGGCUCCAGAGAGACCAUCCAGGCAGCCAAGUCGUUUGGUAAGGCAGUGGUGUGCAGCCGGGAGCUUCCUCGACAGGACCUCAGGACGCUGUGCGAGACGCUCAGAGGACGGAGGCCGUCGCCAGAUGACGAAGUCACGCCACUUCCUGAAGCCGCCACCCGUCACCACAAGAUCCACGAUGACACACCCACACACCGCCCCACUGAAGGAGCACAGCAGCACAUAGACGGAGUGGAGGAAACGCUCUCGUCUGGGCUCCCAAACCACCAGAAACAGUCAGGCAGCAAAGACACCGCAACUCGCCCCACAGAACAGAGCUCGGCGAUGGACGGGAAGGUCGAGGAGGACGAGCAGGGCUGGGACAGCGUCCCUGACGAGGCCUACGACCUGCUGGACAAGCUGCUGGACCUGAACCCUCGCACCAGAAUCACAGCUGCUCAGGCGCUGCAGCACCAGCUGUUCAAGGACCUGUGAGUCCCUGCAGAGCAUCGAAGGACCAGGAGGCAGAACAGAACCGUGUGGACUCUCCAGAUGAAGUUCAGAUUUAGUAGAGUGGCAUGCUGGAUCGUUUUAACGGACUAGAGAGAUGUGGUGAGCUUCCUCUCCCAUCUUUAAAACUUUAUACUUACAUUGAAUAUAAACAUUCCUGCAGCACAGGUUUGACUUCACCGUUCACAGUGUGUUGAUUUCAUGGCAGCUAUGGUGACUGUGAGCAGGUCAGAGAGCUCCAGCCUUGACUUACAGCUUUAUGUUGGCUGUUUGUAAAUGGUUCAAGUGUUUUAAACUGCGGCAACAGAUAUUUUAUAUUCUUGGUGGUCUAAAUCUUAUCUUGUAAAGAUGAAACUGUCCGUAUGUUUAGUAAUUACACCGUAUUAUAGUAAGGGUCUCUUCUGUACCUAUGAGGGGCUUUUAAUUUAAACAUAAACACAUGAACUCUGCUGUACGUGUCUCUGUUCCAACUGUAUUUAUUGAUAACAGUGAAAACUGGACAAUUUGCCUCCAUUUUAGAUUUCUUAAUAAAGUCGGAAAAACAAAA